CAGUCCUCGCGUCAUUUAAACAGCAACGCCUCCCGUCGACGUCACUUCCGCACGAGCAGCUGAGGGCAGGAGAGGAGGUGGAGGGGAAGAUGGCGGCCUUGGGGGAGCCAGUGCGGCUGGAGCGAGAUAUUUGCCGAGCUAUUGAGUUGCUGGAAAAGUUGCAAAGGAGUGGCGAGGUACCCCCUCAAAAAUUGCAGGCUUUACAAAGGGUCCUUCAAAGUGAAUUUUGUAAUGCAGUAAGGGAGGUAUAUGAACAUGUGUAUGAGACUGUGGACAUAAGCAGUAGCCCAGAAGUGAGAGCUAAUGCUACAGCAAAGGCUACUGUUGCUGCUUUUGCCGCCAGUGAAGGUCAUUCACAUCCCAGAGUCGUCGAACUUCCCAAAACAGACGAAGGGCUUGGAUUCAACAUCAUGGGUGGCAAGGAGCAAAAUUCUCCAAUCUAUAUAUCCCGAAUUAUCCCAGGUGGUAUUGCUGAUAGACACGGGGGAUUGAAGCGUGGAGACCAACUUCUUUCUGUAAACGGAGUGAGUGUUGAAGGGGAGCACCAUGAAAAAGCUGUAGAAUUGCUCAAAGCAGCUCAAGGAAAAGUUAAGUUGGUUGUACGCUAUACACCCAAAGUCCUGGAAGAGAUGGAAUCACGAUUUGAAAAAAUGAGAUCAGCAAAACGCAGGCAACAGAAUUAAUGCUGAAUUAUAUCCAGUAUUAUAGGAAUACUGACAGCCUACAGUAGAUUUUUUUCUGGCUCUUCUGCACAUCUACUUUAUAGGGUGUUACAAAAUUCAUAUUUGGAAAUGGGGCAAGGAUUUUGCUUCUUCUUCAGAUGGAUAUUAUCUAACAGACUCAGAUGGAUGCAACUCUGCAUAUAAUUCAAGGAAAAGUAUGAUAUUUGUUCUAUUCAUGGAAACAUUUUUAGUUAAAUAUGUUCAUUUCAUUAAUAUGUUGGUCUUUUACAAAUCCUUUGAAUAUUCUAAUGUUUUCAAAAGAAAAGUUUACAUAAACAUUUAUAACUAUGUGAUUUUACAAAUACUUCUUUAAAAUUCAAACCUGUACUUAUAAAAACAAAUUUGUAAAUUAAUUAAGCUAGUUUCAGCAUUUGUAUCAUUGUUUUUCUAGUAAUUUUUUUAUUUGGCUUUAUUUAAAAGAUAAAAUCUUUAUUUUGAGUAAAAGAUAUAAUACAGAUCUUGGCACGAAAAUGUGUCAUCUUCAUGCAAAAAGUCAUAAUUGUAUGGUUAAGUACAAUUUGUAUUUUUGAUGAACAAGUUUUUAUGCAUGUUCUUGGUCAUAAUUUUAUAUUGUUAUUGACAAUUUUGACACCUAAUCUUGUUUUAUGAAUAUUUUGCAACAGGUGAUCUCUUAUUUAAAACUUCAGUGCUUAACAUCCUAAAAUCUAGCAGUAAGCAUUCCAAUAAUUUAUACCUUUGUAUUGAUUUCUAAAGAUUUAACAAAAUUGCAGAGCUUUGUACUUCUGUUGAGGAGGGUUAUAUUUACGUGCAGUGCAGAAAAAUAAUUUUUCUCUUGUAAUUCAGUUAUCUAAAUAUAGUUUACCAGUGCUAUUCUUGGAGGAUAAAACAGUUUGUGCUUCUGAUAAUUAUGAUAACUAUAUAUUAUCAUCACUGUUGGAUGUACCUUACCUCUAAGUGCUAGAGAACAUGAUCUUUGGCUAGGGAGCACAACCAGGAAAAUGAUACUGUACUGAUGUCCUGUUGUAGACUUUCCAUAAUUAUCAAGAUGGUCAGUGUGGGAAGGAAUGCUGAAUUUUCUCGAUUCUAUCAGGGUAGUUUUUCACUGAAAAAAAUGUUGAAGAUCCACUUCAGGAAUGAUUCUGAAUUAUUUUCUAAUGUUUUCUACAACAUACAAAGUUCAAUCAUUAUGCUCUUUGCUGAUUCCAGAGUGCAGCUAAAAAAACCUAAGAAAUGAUAUGAUUUUUUUUAAAAAAGUGUUAACAUUGAAAGAUACUCCCCUGUAGGAAAAGAUAACACUUAAAGAUUGUGUAAAACUGUUGGUGUGAUUCUAGACUAAAUAAUACUGAUCUGACGGGUUUUUUUUCCCCUCUAGGUAACUUUUCUGCUUUCACAGCCUUUAGUAGAAACGUUUUUCUGUGGUCUGUCUUAAAACAGGCCUAGUACCAGUAGUGUACAAAAAAGCUAUUAAUGACUACUGAACUAUUAUGAAGAAAAUGGUGGCCGGGACUAGUCUAAGCAGUCCUAUCUCUUCCUGUCAUAAUAAGCAAUGCUCUGUUUCAAAACAGCAAGAGGCUAAAAUUCUUAAAGCUGUCUCUGUCUUAAAGCAUGCACUGCCUAGCACAGGGGUGUCAAACUUGCAACGUCAUGUGACUUGUCGUGACGUAUCGCAACUUUUUUUCCAUUGCCGGCAAUGGGAUGGGCGUGGUUUUGGCAUAAUGCAUCCAGCCCAUGGCCUGGCAGUUUGACAACCCUGGCCUAGCAUGAUAAAGUGUCUUUAGCAGCUAGAGUUACAGUAUGCGGUUAGACCCCUAGGUUACCUGUGGGACUUUCAAAUGAAUGGAAACCUCAUUUGUCUUUGGUCAUUGUUAAGCUGCAGUUCUUACCAGUUCCAGUCACUGGCAGUGCUGUGUCACGUGGGGAGGGGUGUAAAUCCAGUGGUUUAGAUAUUUGGUUCUGCAUCUCUACUUUAAAAUAUCAGUUAUCAAAGAGCCUUAACAUUCUCACAAAAUUGGCACAUUGAGUUUGGCCAUUGACUCUGCUCCCUGGAAAAUGAAGACCAUUGGAUACAAUAAAUUGGAUCUUAGCUGGUUUUCUAUUUUAUUUUUCUCCAUUGCCUUUUGAUAUUUUUAAAUAAAUCAUGAAGCCACUAUCUUAAGCAUGAGGGAGGCAGAGAAUAUUCUUCUGUUUUCCUCAUAACCUCUACCUUAAAGUUUUGGUUAUGAGGUAGAGAUGUGAUCUUUGUUCUUUCCCUCACCAUUUUGUCAUCUCUCUUCAGCUUUAUUCCUUGACUGAGAUAAAAUUGUUAAUCUUCCCACCUAAAAGAAGAUUUUAAGUUUGCACCUUAAGAAUCCUUGAUAUCUAUGUAACAUUUGCCUGAGUGUCUGCUGGAUGUUAUAGUCCAGGCAUGUCAAACUUGCGACAUCACAUGAUGUCGCGCAAUAUAUCAGGCCGGUUUUGCCAUUGCCGGCAAUGGGGUGGGCGUGGCUUCCAUAUGACGCACCCGGCCAGUAGGCCGGCAGUUUGACACCCCUGUUAUAGUCCAAGGGAAUAAUUGUCUGAUAAUAUCUUCUGAAUGACUAGAACAUUGGUAAAAUAUGAAAGGUCAUAGGAAUAGUCUUUUCUUUCUAUGUCAACAUAAUCUUGUUUAAUAAGGUGAUCCUAUAAAAAAAUUAGUAGAGAUUGGUACAAGUAAUUGUAAAUGCUUUCUUGGCAUUUAGCAAUUAUGUGUUUGGAAUAAUAGAGUAGAGGUUACUGAAAUAUGAUUUUUCAAUUUGGUAAGACAGCAUUGAAUUGCAGCUGGCAGCAGGAAACAGUCUGUAGAACCAUGAGGCUUAAUUGUAUAUUUUUAUGAAGCAAUAUUAAGUAAGACCAAGCGAAAUAGUUGGGGCCAGUCAGGAAAUAAUUUAAUUUUAUACAACUAGAUUUAUGUUGGAGUUUACUAUAUUCAAGAGAAGGAUAGAAUGAGAUAAAGGCUAUUAUAAAAUGUAUUCAUGUGUUGAACACAGCAGUGUGCUUUAUUACUCUAAAUAAAUAGUUUGGAGUAGCCAGGACUGCUAUAAAGUUUUAUAAUAUUACACAAACUUACUUGGAAGUAGCAUUCAACGAACAUAAGAUUGCAAUCCGAAAAUUAGUUCUUAAGUCAGUGUUCUUUUUUUCUUUUUGGGUUUUGUGGGCUUGUCCUUAAAAAAACCAUGUGAGAUUAAAUCAUGAUUGUAGAAAAGAAUAGACAAUGACAAAAAUCUCUUGUCUUAUGAAUUAUUAACAGCAAGGAGCAAGUAAAAAGGAGUACUACAGGGCAGGACAAAAUCAUAUUCUUUAAAAUUAAACUGAAACUGAAAGAUUCACCCAAAUCUAUCUUAAUUGCUGUAAUCCAUAAUAUUUCAUAAGUGGGACCCCGUGGCAAGAUUGAACUGUCAUUUUUAAAUUCAGAUUAAAUUUACACAAUCAAGAAUCAAGAAAUUAAUGUCACUGAACACAUGCAUUGACUACACUGUAUUGACAUAUGUGCACACGCAAUAAUUUAACCAGCAAAAACUAAACACUCUGUAUAGUCAUUAUGUAUUUAUUGCUGUUGUCCACAGCCCUGUUUUUUAGGAACUUGAAAAUAAAAAUUUGAAAUUUCG